AUGCUCCGACGGACCCCCGUGUUUGCAGCUGCGGAGUUCAAGCAAAAAUCACGAUGGAUGCAUGUUUGGCCUAAUAUGCACUAUGGGGCGAUGUAUUUGAACUACAGCGUCGGCCGGCAACUGCCGAUGCGGAGUGUGAACUGGGUCACGCGGGAAUCGAACCGGCUGACGAACUUCGCUCAGCGCUACGCCGCGGUCCUGAAAGACCUCGACGUCCCCAAAAACGAGGAGGCGCUUCACAUCCCGCUGGAGGAUAUCCGCUGGAACGACCACCGCCGGAUUUACUGGCGCUGUUCGUUUUGUGGGUCUUCGUAUCGCAAAAAUGUCUCGGUGCGCACCAAAUUUCACGCUGGGUGCAGCCGAUGUAAGGGAAAAAACCCAUCCGAGGUGCUCCAGGAGCAGGCCCUGGGGGGUACCCUCGGGGAUACGCAUCCCGACCUCGCCGCGCAGCUCGUCGAGGAUGGAAAGUCGGAUCACAUCGCGAGCCUGCGCGAGACCAGCAAAUUUCAGGCCGAUUGGAUUUGUCAAAACUGCGGGGAGACCUACCGCGCGACGAUUCGAAGCCGCACGGGGAAGAUCGAGCCCGGGCAAUGCCCUUUGCACCCAUCGAUCCGGGAGUGGUCCGCCUACUGCCCGGCGUGCACCUGGGAGCGGAAUAUGGAACCUCUUGGGAAGUUGAUUCUCCGCGAGGGGCAAUACUUAGGGCUUGGUGAAAUUUUCCCCGAUGCUUCUUUAACGGAGACGGCUAAGCCAGAGACAAUUCCGAGGCGAAGAAAACUUUUGGCAUAG